AUGAGUGUACUAUAUAUAUCUCCACUACUAACAAAAACAAAAUGCUUAGCAUCUGGAGUAGAUGUGCGCUGGAUAAGAUUUGUAUCGCAUGCAAAAGGUGGUGGUACGAAAAUUGCAGACCAUAAUAUGUCUCGAGUAUUUGAUUCAAAGAUCCUCAAAUCGGGACGUAUCAAAGCCUUCAAACAUGCAGUAUAUCAAUCUGCCGUAGGUAAAGGCAAAGCUAACUUCUCCCCAAUGGAGGUUGAUUUAAUAACACGUUUGGUUAAUCGUGGGCUCAAGGAAGGAGGUAAGCAGGAUCCGGCGAAUUCCCUUCAAGAUAAACUGCUUCUCCUCAAUAAGUCAUUGUUGACACAACGCCUUUCUGAUAAAGACAUCUUGGAAGGAAUGAACUCUGUAUCUGUGCCAGUGAAUGUUGUUAUUCCCCGAGAUAUAACGUCUCAAGAAGAGAAACUGAAAGUUGAGCUGCAACGUCGAAAAUUAGAGAAUAUUGAUCUCCAUCCUAGUAGCCAGGUACAUAUUGAGGAACUUCUACGCUCUUUAAACAUCGAUACGAAUAAGCAUGAAGAGAUCUACAGGGAGGUUUCACUUUACCUACAGAAAAAUGAAGACAGUAAGAAUUCGAUGGGCCCCUCGCAACAUGACCAUGCAGACAUCGAUCUAAAUUCUUUGAAAAAAUAUUUGCAAAAUAUUGAAAAGAAGGCAUACCAGAAAAAUGUCAUUGAUAAACGAAAGAAAAAUCAAACUCGUAUCUAUGAAUGGAGCGCUGAUUCUUUCUCUGAAUCCGUACCGUUGACAGCAGGAAACAUUUUAUUUAAGAGGAGACCCAGCCGCCCAUUAAAGCACUUAGCAAAUAGAAUAAGCACAUUUUUGAACUCAAACAAAAGAGGAAAAAAGGUCGGUAAUGGCGAGAAAGCCAUGAAAGGGAGUAGGCUACUGUUGCAUUCAUUGGAUGACAAUAAGGACAUCACUGUGUCUGCCGAAUUUGACUAUGGUUUCUUCAACAUCAACUUCACAGACUUAUUCGGCGUCAUCAACGCCUCUGGAUAUCCACCAGAGAGAGUAUUGGACCAGAUCAAUGACAUUGAGCUAAAAGGUUGGAAAUGCGUAGGGAACUUGUAUGAUAAUACUAAAACGAUAGUUUUCCAAAGUAGCGAUCCAUUAUUCAAAGAGGAAGGAAGGGCUUCUAAAAGGCCGUCUACUGCUCGCAAGACAAUCAUCAUUUCUAUCACAACUUCAAUAGUCUCACUUUAUGCAUAUUAUAGAUACCGUCUUUCUCAACUCAAAGAGGCUAAAGUUAAUUCAUCUUGA